AAUGAAAACGCGCCAAUAGAGCACGGAAAUUGUUGAAAUGACGUCAUAAGAAAAUGUGUGAUUGGCCGAGGAGAUUUAGUAUAGAGAUUGUAAAAUGCCAAGAGCAACAUGUCGUGAUCAGGAUGAUUAGAUUAGGCCAAGCCUCCGCGACGUUACAAUUGUAUUAUGUUAUAAAUACUUAGUUAAAAUAAUUAAAAAAAUUCCGUCAUUUCCUUUGUCAGUUAUUACACGUAGAAUGAAUCUAACCGCUGAGCGCUUACUUGUUAAAACAUUUGACAUCUGCAAGUACAGUAGUAUAUAUAAAUAUUCAAUAAAUUAAUAGUUAAUAAAUACAAAUACUCAGUGUAAUUUAAACCUAACCCUGGUGGUAUAGUAUGACAUCCUAUAGUCAACGCCAAAUAUUUUUUUUAUUUAAUAAUAUUUUUAUUAAUAAUAACGCUUCUGUGCUUUAGAAAUAUAUCGUGAUAAUAAUAAUAAUUAUAAUUAUAAAUAAUCAGUUGAUUAAUGAUAUAAAAAAAAUUUUAUUAAAAUGGGUCUGCUAUUUUCCAAGCUAUGGAGUCUCUUUGGCAAUGAAGAGCACAAGAUAGUGAUGGUCGGUUUAGACAAUGCUGGAAAAACAACUAUACUAUACCAGUUUUUAAUGAAUGAAGUAGUUCAUACCUCACCGACAAUCGGAUCAAAUGUCGAAGAAGUUGUUUGGAAAAACAUCCACUUCAUAAUGUGGGAUUUGGGUGGUCAGCAGAGUUUGAGGGCAGCUUGGUCAACGUACUACAGUAAUACGGAGUUUAUUAUUAUGGUUAUUGACAGUACAGAUAGAGAAAGACUUAUUACUAUAAGGGAUGAAUUGUACUCGAUGUUGAAUCACGAGGAGUUGUCUAAAGCCAAUGUCCUUGUUUACGCCAAUAAACAAGAUCUCAAGGGAAGCAUGAGCGCUGCUGAGAUAUCCAGACAACUUGACUUGACGUCAAUUAAAAAACACCAGUGGCAUAUACAGAGCUGCUGUGCACUUACAGGCGAAGGACUAUAUCAAGGCCUUGAAUGGAUAGUCGGUCGCUUGAAAAAAACAUGACGUACAAUAUAAAAAUAACUUGGGCUCCAGGAGUUAUUUGUAUGUAAAAUAUGUGAAUGCGUUGACUUUUUACAUUUUUUGUUUCCUUAUUUUUUUUUAGAAAUUGAUAUCGAAAGAAAGGUUGUACAAAUUUUUAGGGCUGAUAAUUAAAACGAUUAAAUUUACAUGCAUUUUUAAUUUAAGUUCGAUUGUCUGCGAGUUAAAUUGCUUGGAAAAUUAAAUUAAUAAAAUGCGCAGAUGGACGGGAAAAAAAGUAAUUAAUAAUAAAUAAGAUUUUAAAUUUUUAAAAUUGGAGUUAGUAAUUAAAUUAAAUAUUAAUUAAAGUUUAAAACUCGAAUUUCGACAUCGAAUCCCUUUACUUUUUAUUUAAUUAAUUUAAUUAAUAUUUUACUAAAUAAUUUAUUUUACAUGAAUGUGAAAAAAAUUUAAUUAAAAUGUUUAAGUAAACGAAGAAAUUGAUAAUUUAAGUUUAAAAUUAUAAUUGGACAUCGAAAUCCCGUCCACGUUUUAAAAUAAAUUUAAUUUAAUAGUAAAUAAUGUAACUGUAUAAUCAAGCCAAAUUCUGCGACUUCUUAAGUGUACAUACAUUUACUUUUUUUUUUAUACAUUUUAAAAUUUUAAAAAAUCCCUCCGCUUAGUUCUUAUCGAUCAUAAAAGAAAAAAUUUUUUUCGUAGUUAAAUUUCUCGUUGCCGAUGAGUAAGAAUUUAAUUAGAUUUAUAUUAGCGCCGAAAACAUAUAUAAGUAUAUAAAUAUAUGUAAUUUAUGUAUUGUAAGACUUCGACAGAAGGUUAUUCAACAAGCCCACUAACUUGUAAUUAUGUAGAGACUACUCUGUGAUACGUGGUUUCAAUGUGACAAGUGUUCGUUUGCUGAAUAUUAAAUUUUUGAAUGUCCCGCGCUUAAUAAAAUCAAAAAUUCUAUUAUAAAAAAUAUAAAAAUUAGCUAAAUUGUAAAUUAAUAUCGAGAUUCGUAAUUGUAAUGCAAUUAAACAUACAUUUAAUUAUUAAUAUUUUUAAACUGUCGCGUAUAUUUGUUUUGCAUUGUAAAUGUCAUCAAUUUAUAUUUUAUAUUUAUAACUAAAUUAUAAUUAUCUCAAUAGAUUAUAAAUACUCUGUUAGAUUAUUAUUAUUAUUAUUUAUAAUAAUAAUAAUAAUAAUAAUAAUAAUUAGGCAUAUCGCUACCGAAAAUGUUAAUUGAUAAAAAGUAUGUUGUUGAUGUUUGACGUAUGAGUGAAAAAAAAAUUAUAUCGAGUAAAAAAAGUUAUAUAAAAAUAUUUGAAUAAUUUUUUCUCAUAUUGAGAAACAAUCAUGAAUUUUAUACAGACCAUUAAAAAAUUUAUCAAUCAAUUAUAAAUUAUAACGAUUAAUUACCAAUGCAAAUUAUAAAUAUUAUAAUUAUAAAAUAAUGAUAAUUAAUCAUUUGGUU